GUCGGGAUCUGUAAGUGCUGCAGAGGACGGAGAGUCAGACACGUCCUAUUUUUCAUCAUGCCGAGAAAAAGUGAUGCAGCUAAAAUGGAAGAAGUUGGCAUUGAGAUAGACGGAGAUUUAAGUGAAAGUGACGAUGGUGGCACUCAGAGGAGAGCGAACAGGAGGCAGGCGGGAGGAAGAGGAGGCGUAAAGGGACGAGGACGAGGCAAAAAACCGGCCAGUGAUGAUGAUGAUGAGGACGAUGAGGAGGAAGACGAAGCUCCCAGGGGGCGCAGAGGAGCAAACAGGAAGAAGCCGGCCAAGAAACGUGGUGGCAAUGAUGAUGAGGAUGAGAGCGAGGAUGAGCCUCCCAAGAAGAAGAGAGGAGGAGCAGCCAAUAAGAAGAGAGGAGGCAAAGCCCAGGACAGUGAUGAGGAGGACAGUGAUGUGGGGAAAGGAAAGAAGGGAAAGAAGGGAGGAGGGAAGAAAGGAAAGAAGGAGGAAGAAGAGGAGACCAAGGGUAAGAAGGGUAAUGGCAAAGGGAAAGGGAAGGACAAGGGCAAAGACAAAGAUGAUGACAAGGACAAGAAGAAGAAAAAGAAAAAGGGUGACAGUUCAUCAGAUUCCAACUCUAACUCGAGUGAGGAAGAGGAGUCCAUGUCAGAGGGAGAGAUGGCUCGGCUGAUGGAGGAGGUGGAGGAGAAGAAGAAACUCAUCGCCAACAUCAGGAAUAAGCCUUGGAGGAUGCAGCGGAGGCUCAAACUCCUAAAGGAAGCUCAAGAAUUUGUGGAUAAGUUUGAAGGCGCUUUGGGGAAAGGGAAAGGCCGAAAGUGGUAUGCCUACAAAGUGAUGAUGACAAAGAAAUGGAUCAAGUUUCAGAGGGAUUUUGAAAAUUUCAGAACAGCGUGCAUCCCAUGGGAGAGGAAGAUCAAGGAGGUGGAAAGCCACUUUGGGUCAUCCGUUGCAUCUUACUUUAUUUUCCUGCGAUGGAUGUACGGCAUGAACCUUGUGCUUUUUGGCUUCACCUUUGGACUUGUGGUCAUCCCUGAGGUCCUGAUGGGUCUUCCCUAUGGGUCUAUUCCCAGGAAGACUGUACCCAGAGCAGAGCAGGAUACUGCUCAAGACUACUCUGUCCUCAUGGACUUCAAUGGGUACUGCAAAUAUUCAGUGCUGUUCUACGGAUAUUACAACGACCAGAGGACCGUCGGCGUGCUGAAGUUCAGGCUACCUUUGUCCUACCUCAUGGUCGGCAUUGGCACUUUCGGCUACAGCCUGAUGCUUGUGAUCCGCACAAUGGCCAAAAAUGCUGACGUUGGUGGUGGAGAUGGGGAGGAUUCAGACUUCACCUUCGCCUGGAAGAUGUUCACCAGCUGGGAUUACCUCAUUGGCAAUGCGGAGACCGCUGACAACAAGUACGCCUCCAUCACCACCAGUUUCAAGGAGUCCAUUGUGGACGAGCAGGAGAACCAGAAGGACGAGAACAUCCACCUGCGCAGGUUCCUCAGAGUCCUGGCUAACUUCCUGAUCACCUGUAGCCUCGGCGGCAGUGGGUACCUCAUCUACUUUGUGGUGAAGAGAUCUCAGGAGUUUGCCACAAGGGACGACCUCAGCUGGUACGAGAAGAAUGAGAUGGAGAUUGUCAUGUCUCUUCUGGGCCUGGUGUGUCCACCUCUGUUUGAGACCAUUGCUGAGCUGGAGGACUACCAUCCUCGGAUCGCCCUCAAAUGGCAGCUCGGACGCAUCUUUGCCCUUUUCCUUGGAAACCUCUACACGUUUCUGUUCGCCCUGUUUGAUGAGGUCAACACCAAGCUGGAGGAAGAGCAGUCCAUAAAGAACGCCUCCAUCUGGGCCAUGAAGGAGUACUACGCCAACUACUCACGUCUGAUGAAUGACUCAGAAGCCACCCCGCCUCCAAUGGAUCCAGCUGAUGUCAUUAGAGGACCAUGCUGGGAGACUGCAGUGGGCAUUGAGUUUGUGAAGCUGACCGUGUCAGACAUCCAGGUGUCCUACCUAACCAUCCUGAUUGGUGACUUUGCCCGAGCCGUGAUUGUACGUUUCCUUAACUACUGCUGGUGCUGGGACCUGGAGGCUGGAUUUCCAUCAUACGGCGAGUUUGACAUCAGUGGAAAUGUUCUUGGAUUGGUCUUCAAUCAAGGCAUGAUUUGGAUGGGUGCAUUUUAUGCCCCCGGGCUGGUGGGCAUCAAUGUGCUCCGCCUCCUCAGCUCCAUGUAUUAUCAGUGUUGGGCUGUGAUGGCCACUAACGUCCCCCAUGAGAGAGUUUUCAAGGCCUCUAAGUCCAACAACUUCUACAUGGGUCUCCUGCUCCUCGUGCUCUUCCUUAGCCUGUUACCUGUUGUCUACACCAUCAUGACGCUGCCACCUUCGUUUGACUGUGGACCUUUCAGUGGAAAGGACAAGAUGUUUGACAUAAUCAUGGAGACGAUUGACCUGGACCUGCCGGCCUUCAUGGGAACACUCUUUAGCUAUGCAGCUAACCCCGGUCUCAUUAUACCAGCUGUACUUCUCAUGGUACUCGCCAUCUAUUAUUUGAACUCAGUAUCUGAGGCAUACCAAAACUCCAACAUGGAGCUGAAGAAAAAGAUGAAGAUGGCUCGCGAUGAAGAGAAGAAUCGAAGGAACAAUGCAGACACCACCAACCAGGUCAUGAAAGACCUGGAGGACCUUCUACCGAACCGAUCCCUCAUUCCCCCUGCUCCACCAGAGCCUGAAAAACCACCAGAGCAAGAACCAAAACCAAAACCAACAAAGACAAAACCCGGGACAGCUGGUAAAGGUGUUAACCUGCAGAAAGAUGUGGCUCUAGCGUCGUCCAACCCUAAUGCUCGAGGGCCAGUAAGCAGGCCACCUGGACCCAGAGGACCUGGGCCAGGUCCAGGUGCUGGACCGGGUCGAGGUCGUGGGAGAGGGCCCCCUCCGAGAUAAUAGUGGGAGAAACUGAUGUUCCUGCAGGUGGUUUUCAUUCCUCAGUCUUUCUUAAUUUCACUAAAUACUU